AUGCAAAUUGUAUCAAAUGCAACAGUACUUUGUUCUAUUCCAUCGUUUUCUUCAUCAGCUGUUAUUGUUGCUGGAUCGAGUAGUGCCGGUUCUCAACCUCAACAAUUGAGUUUGCCUUAUGAAUUAUAUGUCGGUUUGAGUGAUUCAGUCUAUGUUGGUGAUGUUGGAAAUGAUCGAAUUCAAUUGUGGUUAUCAGGUGCUGUUCAAGGAAUUACUGUAGCUGGUGGACAAGGUUAUGGUUCAAAUGCUUCACAAUUAGAUGGUGCUCGAGAUGUCUACGUCGAUUCAACUAACAAUUUAAUUGUCUUAGAUACAGGAAAUCAACGCAUACAACAAUAUAAUCUAUUGUCUGGUUCAACAAUUGGUACAACUAUUAUGUCAAAUUUACCAUUAAGUUGUCGAAAUAUGUUUGUCGAACCGACAACAGGAAUAAUUUAUUUAUCAGAUAUGUACAAUCAUAAUGUUCUUCGUAUGCCAAAUGGAUCAAUUCUAGCUGGAGGACAUGGAUUUGGAUCACAACUAAAUCAAUUAUAUUAUCCAGCAGGUCUCUUUGUAACACCAACCGAAACAAUCUAUGUUGCUGAUUCUUUCAAUGAUCGAGUCCAAAUGUGGACAAGCGGUGCAAGCGUUGGUAUUACUGUUGCUGGUGGAAAUGGCCGUGGUUCUGCAGCUAAUCAAUUAAAUUCACCUAUGCAUGUCAUUUAUAUAGCAUCAACUGGUAAUCUAAUUGUAACUGAUAGUGGAAAUGGACGUAUUCAAAUUUGGGCGCCCAAUGCAACAUGUGGUAUUACAGUUGUUAGUAAUCAAUUUAUGUAUCCGAUGUCUAGUGCAUUGGAUUUAAUGGGUCAAAAUUUAUAUGUACUUGAUCAAGUACGUGGUCAAGUUAAACGAUUUAAUCUUCUAUCCAGCAAUAGCUUAUGUAUUCCUGCUAAUUGCUCUAUCAUUGCCCUAUCAACAACAACUACAUUCAGUACAGUAGUUUCUAGCACGUCUUCUACAGUAUCAGGAAAUAAAGCCUUAACAACAGAACAAGUAGAUGGAGUAAUUCCAUCUUGGGGGAUCACAAUAACUAUUGUUGGAACUGUAACAUUGAUCAUAAUGACAUCAUUCAUAUAUGUUCUCAAGACAAAGAUCACAUCACAGUAA